UUCUAUUUUAAUGUAAUGUUGGGUCUUGCAUGGGACUAAGACAGUGUAUAAAAGAAAUAUUUCCAUCCACUAAUUUCCUUAAUAGUAUAAAUAAAGCAUGCACCUAUGUUACUAAUCAAAGUGGAACUUAGGCCUUUCCAGUUCAACCCUGUUGAGAAGAUGGCUUACUUGGAAGUCUAAGCAUUUGAUUGAUGGUAAAAUAUUUAAACAUAGAAGGUACUAACUUGGCCAUUUUCCUAAAAACAAUUAAAACACACACACAUAUCACUUUUGUUUCUAUUACUUUACUUGCUGAAAGUAUAUAACUUAAAAAAAAACCAAAUAAGUUAUUAAGAUAGGGACACAGACUAUUGAGAGGCUAACUUACUGUUUAAGGAGCCCUAGUGGUGCAAUGGUUAAGUGCUUGGCUGCUAACCAAAAGGUCGGUGGUUUGAACCCACCCAGGGGCUCCUUGGGAGAAAGACCUGGUGAUCUGGUUCCGUAAAGAUUACAGCCUAGAAAACCUCAUGGGGCAGUUUUCUGUCCUUUAGGGUCUCUAUGAGUCAGAAUCGACUUGAAAGGUGUCAGGUUUGGUUUUGGUUUUAACUUUGUGUUUACUGGGCAAACAUCUUUAUCCUUUUACCUCUGUAACAACAACAACAAAAAAAGUAACAGGUAGUGUAAAUUGCCCUACAUCAACAAUUUAGUUCACUGGUGGGUAAGAUGUGCUUUCUCUUCUGGAACGAAAACUUUAUUCUCUGGUUCCAUGUUCAACGGUACUGAAGAAGGGUCUCUUACCCCACUGCCGUUGAGCCAAAUCCGACUGAAGAAAGACAGGGCCAGGUAUCUGUAGAGUUGAUAUUAGAGGCCUUCAACGAAACAGGCUUGUUCAUUGCAACAAGUUCCUGCUCAGCCUUUUUUCAUACCACUCCCCUCUUUUGUCUGGGAGAGUCGACCUUCCCCUCCUUACAUAUACUUUCAAGAUAGGCGUAGGUUAAAUAACAGGUUUUAUGUGUAGUGUUCUUUUGACUAGUAAACUAGUAAGUAUUUUGAAAUGCUAAUAUUUUUACUCUUUUGUAUUGAAAAUAACUGGUUCUUCCCUUUUUUUUGGAGCAUCUCAGAGAUCUUCUAUAUUGUCAUUGAAGUUCAGCUCAUACCAUCGAGAGUGCUAAAUAAUGCCACUGUCACCCCCAUAAUAUAGAUUUGAAACUGAAAACUGUAGAGAAUCCACAAGACCUGGACACUCAGAACUCAUUCUACCUUUGUCUAUAACAAAAAACAUGAGAAUGUGAUGAAAGGACCAGGGACUCAACAUGCAUCAUGUGUAUCCUACUCGAUACAUGUAUCUGAAGAUUACCCAGACAAUACAUAUGUGUCAAGCUCAGAAAACGAUGAAGAUGUAUUAGUUACUACAGAGCCAAUUCCAGUAAUUUUUCAUCGAAUAGCAACAGAAUUAAAAAGAACAAAUGACAUUAACUGUUGCUUAUCCAUAAAAUCAAAACUACAGAAGGAAAAUGGGGAGGAGUCAAGACAGAAUAGUACAGUGGAAGAAGAUUCUGAAGGUGAUAAUGACUCUGAAGAAUUUUAUUAUGGAGGACAGGUGAACUAUGACGGAGAGCUGCGGAAGCACCCCCAGCUGGAAGCUGAUUUGUCGGCAGUGAGAGAGAUAUAUGGACCACACGCAGUUUCUCUCAGGGAAUAUGGAGCCAUUGAUGAUGUAGACAUUGAUCUGCAUGUUGAUGUUAGCUUUCUUGAUGAGGAGAUUGCUCUGGCUUGGGAAGUAAUUAGAACAGAACCUAUAAUUGUCCGACUACACUGCUCACUUACCCAGUAUUUAAAUGGCCCAGUGCCCACUGUUGAUGUGUUUCAGAUCUCCACAAAAGAGCGAUUUGGUUUGGGACAUCAGCUGAAAAAAAUCAUGCAGUCAUUUGUUACACAGCAGUGGAAACAGAGCAAAGAAAAAUCCAAUUGCCUGCACAAUAAGAAGCUGUCAGAGAAGAAAGUGAAGUCUCCCCUGCAUUUAUUUUCUACCUUGCGCAGGUCGCCAAGUUAUCCUCCCCCUGGUUGUGGUAAAAGCAAAUCCAAACUGAAAUCGGAGCAAGAUGGAAUCUCCAAAACGCACAAGCUGUUGCGGAGGACUUGUUCCAGCACAGUCAAAACCGAUGACGUGUGCACCACGAAGUCACACAGGACCUUUGGGCGCUCCCUGUCCAGCGAUCCCAGGGCUGAGCAGGCAGUGACAACAAUUAAAUCGCACAAACUCUUGAACCGCCCCUGCCCUGCAGCUGUUAAGCAAGAGGACUGCCUCACUCUGAAGUCGCAUAAACUAUUGACUAGAUCUUGUUCCGGUGAUCCACGAUGUGAGCACAACACCAACUUGAAGCCGCACAAACUGUUAAGUAGGUCUUACUCCAGUAAUCUCAGAAUGGAAGAAUUAUACGGACUGAAGAACCACAAGUUGCUCAGCAAGUCUUACUCCAGUGCCCCCAAGUCAUCCAAAACGGAGCUUUUCAAGGAACCUAACUCAGAGGGCAGGAGGCUCUCUCUUACCUCAGGGCUUAUUGGUAUCUUAACACCAUCUUCAUCUUCAUCUUCCCAGCCUGCUCCAAACGGUGCAAAAUGCGUUCCAAUACGAGACCGCGGCUUCCUAGUCCAGACAAUUGAGUUUGCUGAACAGAGGAUCCCAGUAUUGAAUGAAUACUGUGUGGUUUGUGAUGAGCCACACGUGUUUCAAAACGGACCCAUGCUUAGGCCUACCGUGUGUGAACGAGAGCUGUGUGUAUUUGCUUUCCAAACUCUGGGAGUAAUGAAUGAAGCUGCUGAUGAAAUAGCAACUGGGGCUCAGGUGGUAGAUCUUCUGGUAUCCAUGUGUAGAUCUGCAUUGGAAUCUCCCAGGAAAGUUGUCAUUUUCGAGCCAUAUCCCUCUGUGGUCGAUCCUAAUGAUCCUCAGAUGCUGGCCCUCAACCCCAGGAAGAAGAACUAUGAUCGAGUAAUGAAAGCACUUGAUAGCAUAACUUCUAUUAGAGAAAUGACACAAGCGCCGUAUCUGGAAAUCAAGAAGCAGAUGGAUAAACAGGACCCCCUUGCGCAUCCCCUACUGCAAUGGGUUAUUUCAAGUAAUAGGUCACAUAUUGUGAAGCUGCCAGUUAACAGGCAAUUGAAGUUUAUGCAUACACCGCAUCAGUUCCUUCUUCUCAGCAGUCCACCAGCCAAAGAAUCCAAUUUUAGAGCUGCCAAAAAACUCUUUGGAAGCACCUUUGCAUUUCAUGGCUCACACAUUGAAAACUGGCACUCCAUCCUGAGGAAUGGUUUGGUUGUUGCUUCUAAUACAAGACUGCAGCUCCACGGUGCAAUGUAUGGAAGUGGAAUCUAUCUUAGUCCAAUGUCAAGCAUAUCAUUUGGUUACUCAGGGAUGAACAAGAAGCAAAAGGUGUCAGCCAAGGAUGAGCCAGCUUCAAGCAGUAAAAGCAGCAAUGCAUCACAGUCACAGAAAAAAGGGCAACAAUCCCAAUUCCUGCAAAGCCGCAACUUAAAAUGCAUAGCUUUAUGUGAAGUGAUCACGUCACCUGAUCUGCACAAACAUGGAGAGAUAUGGGUUGUUCCAAAUACUGAUCAUGUCUGCACACGGUUCUUUUUUGUCUAUGAAGAUGGCCAAGUGGGAGAUGCAAAUAUUAACACACAGGAAGGAGGCAUUCACAAAGAGAUCCUUCGAGUAAUUGGUAAUCAAACUGCUACUGGUUAAAGGACCACCAUUUAAUUAACAUGAUUUGAAAGCCUUCCUCGGGUUCAAAGCUGGAUUUUGAACUGAAGAAGAUGAUAAAAUAAUUUAUUGUUAUUAUACACAGAAUUAACCCUUUGAAUACUGAUUUUUUUCUUAGUAUUUCUAAGUAUCUCAUUAAAUACCUAAAAUGGUAUAAAAUUUAUCAGUUGUAGGGGUUAUGGAAUCUAGUAAUAAAAUUAAAAAAGCACUUAAACUGAAGUUUGGGCUGCUCACAAUAAACAGAUUUAAAAAACAGUUUUGUGCUGAUAUUUUUAUAUUAAACUCUUUAAUUGGACAUUUGGAAUUAUAUACCGACAUUUUAGGUAACCGAAAUAGAAUUGAGAACAUUUUAUAAUGUCAUCUAAAUCUGUAAGAUACUUUGCAAUAAGUAUCGUGUUUGCACAUUCUGAUGUGCUAUAUUAUUAGCGGCAUGAACAUUCGAAUGUUUUGGGAGGGAUGUUCCCUAUGCUACUGUUAUUUUUCCUUAUACAAAACCAGCUAGGUCUUAGAAAUAGCGCUUUGCCCAAAAGUAUGUAAUAUACAUACCUAUAGAUUCAUGCAUCAAAAUGUGUGUUUGUGCAUAUGUUUGUGUAUACACACACAUAGAUAUUUUGACAACAGAGGUGGUGCAGAUGGUUCACAGUACUAGCUUCACUUGUUGAAAAGAAGAUGCUAUUCAGUAAGCAGUAAACCUGGACAUAAACCAAGAUAUGAGCCAAAUUUUCCACUGUUCAUUCACUGAAAAUAUUUGCAAACAAGUUUUCUAUUUGUUUUAAGAAAUGUCCCAUCUGUUAAAAUUCAGCUCUUUUAAGAGGUUUUCUAAAAAUCAUCAUUUGGGGAACAUGAAUGCCCUUGGUAAACUAAAUCUGUAUUCAAAUGAUUGUAUGUUUAAAAGAAACGCCUCACAAUUGAAACAAACAGUAUAUAUAUUUUAAUUUCCUACAGUGGAACUUUUUUUUAUUUCUACCACACCAGCAUUUUUAUACUUUAAUUUUUUUCAUAUUGAGAAAGAAGACAAACUUUGAAACUUCUUUUAUAUUAAAAGAACACAAAUAAGUUUAUAGAGAACAGUAACACCAGUUCUCAGCAUUCAGCCUUCAAAAGUCAUGUGCUCAUCAGAAUCAUUUCUAUUUCUUUGGGUCCAAGAGUUCUUAUUCACUUCAAGUUUUAGUUGACGGUGUUUGUUUUUCUCCAUGAUGUUUUUGUAAUAAGGUGAUUCAUGAAAGCAGUUUAAUUUGGGAGUCUACCACUUUAUUCAAACCCUGAAUCAAGGCUCAUAUCUGAUUGUAAUUUACUUAGAAAGAAAAAAAUAAUAAAAAUGUAUAGCCAUUUGCAAGCAUAAUGUGAUAACUUCUGUGUUUAUUUCCUUUGUCUGGCAUAAAAGGUGAGAGAAAUGGUCAUACAUGUUGUUAAGGGCUGCAAUUUAGAAAGUAGUUACUAAUCAUUUAUUUUUCUUAUAUUGUAAAUAAUUGAUAUCCCACUUAUUUCUGAAACUAAUAGGCUUGAAAUUGUUGGGGUGUUGAUCAUUUUGAUAAAUUUUGAUUUUGAUAGUAUCCACUUAAAACACGGAUCUGUUUUGAUUUGUGCCUGUGAACCCGACAGACUGAGGGAUAGUAUUAGCAUCAUAAGGGCAAGAUACAGUAUCUUCUUUGUGUUCUCUGACCAGGUAUUUGGAGACAUUAUAUGGAACAAGAGGACUCCGUACUUUCUGCCAAGAAUCCCUAAGUCCCCCAAGUCACUUUAACUGUUUUAAAAACAUUUUUAAGCAACUGAAUUCUUUUUUCAAAUUUACUUUUGUGGGAUAUCUUACAUAUGACAUAAAUAUGAAGUUGCAAUAGCAGGAUUUUGGAGUAGAGAGUCUUGGAACCCCAUCUGUUUGACUACCAAGAUCAUUGAGGCUCCUUAUUAACUCUGUAAUUGCCUCCGAGCAUAAUUUAAACACAACUGACCUGAUCCAUUACCUAACAGUUUAGCGAUCUGUAAGGAGCAUAGUAUCAGAAUCUGAACUGUAAGGGUGACCUGUAGGAUUCAAGAGGGACUGUUUAAGGGAAUAAAAAACUGGCAUAAUGUAAACCUGUACUGCCAACUUAAGAAUAAAAUUAGAUUUGCCUAUCAUAGGAAGGAAAGUAAUUGAUAGUUUAAUGCUUAUUAAAUAUUACAGAGCAAUCGACAUCUUUUAUGAUACUAAAGUAAGAUGUCUUCUAAUGAUAAUUGAGUGAUACUUCAAUGCAGAAUGCAGAUCUUAAUUUUAUUUCCCAAAAUUAAGGGUCAGAAGGAGAGCCCAUCUUUUAACUGAGCUUCUCGAAAUCGAGAAUACUGUAGCAUACUGGUAUAGAUGCAUAUAUUUAUUUCUAAAGAAUCUAAUUUCAGUUCAGACUAUCAAUAAAUUAAUACCACGCUUUCAAAAUCCAAACAAGUACUUAAAAUUUAGAGGUGUAAAGACCAUUAUCAUGCCUUGAUUCAGUCACCCCAAUAAAAUAUUACCAGUUGGCUUAUUCAGUGAUUCCAAACACUUGAUAUUAUAUUGUUUUUAAUAAUCAUUUAAAAUCUGUUCACUGAUGCUUUGUAAUAGUUAUAUCAUGUAGCCAUUGUUGCUAAAUAUGAACCUGAGCAAAGGCAGUCAUUUAUUUUCAUUCUUUAGUAGGAGAAGGAAGUUCUUCACUGACUAAAUUGAUUCAAGUUUUUCCUGCAUUAGGGAUUCUGUAAGCAGUUUACUAAGAAUAAUUUGUCCUCUUUCAAUGUCCACUGUAUAAAAAAGGGAAGAAAAUGAUUGAACAUUCGAGAAGGGAAAAAAGUAACAAUGUCCAUAUAACAUAAUGCUGUAGAAUGCAUCUGGUACGGCCCUUUGGGUGCCUUAGAGUGCGUUAUUCAGAAUGAUUUUAUUUUUGUUGUUCACCGAAUCUCACUCAAAUGUUGGAUUUGAAGGGGGCUAUUAAAAAAAAAAAGAAGAAGAAAAAAAUUUUUUUUUUUAAAUUUAAAAUCCAGACAGUGUGCCACAUCCUUAAAUUUACUUUCAAAUACUGUGUAGUAUUUUUUUUUUUUUUUAUAAGAUACAGAUCCAAACUAUUAUUAAUGCUGUGGGUGUUUCUCACUGAAAAAUUUGGGGGUUUAGAGAAGAAAUUCCUCUAUUUUUCUCCCUUUUGCAAAAUGAAAGGAAAACUUGCAUAUGCAAAUCUAUAAAUCUUUAUAUUAAUAUCACUGAAAUCAUUUUAGCAGUACUUUAUACGAGAUCAUAACUUGCCUUUAGGCAUGGAGCUUCAGAAAGUGUUAAGGGAAAAUUCAUCAUCCUUGUUAGAGUCCGGGUAGUUUCAUCAGAUGAUAAUUUAACGUGUCAUAAAGGGUCACUGAACCUGGGACUGUCUGCCCUCUAAAUAAAUGCGGAUUUCACGGUGGCAUUUGAAGCACAUGUUAAGAACAUUAGGAUGUUAUUCUGUUCUGCUGAAUUCUUUUUUAUUAUAACACUACCUCAAGACAACUGAUAGGCUGUUUGUUAAAGUAGGUUCCUAGAGUAAGGAACAAAUUACAUUUUACAGAUGGAAGGUAUCAGAUAAUUCAGCAGACCAUGCUGGACAUAGAUAUUGUUGAUUAUCUCUUGACAACACAUAACACGAAUAUUUCAGUCUCUGAUGACAAAUGACAUAUCAUAGUUAACAGCUAAUGAGUUGUUGGAAAGCGUUUUAAGUUGCAAAAUUUGAAAUUAGUUCUUUUUAAUAUUGAUUUUGUACAUGAAUCCAUUUUAUGUCCAUUCACCUAAAGCCACAAACGGUUGCCCACCGUAAACAGUUAAAGGAUUAAAAUACCCAACUGCUAGGCCAGAAUGGCAGAGUAAUUAUUCAAGUAUUUUGGCAUUUAAUGCUUGCUAAAUUUUGUUAGAUUAUAUAUAGAUUCGAUGUAUAUUAUCACCCACUAAAUUUCUCUUGGAAAUUUUUAAUACAGUAUGAUAGGAUAGGUUUUUGUAGGUCCAAAGAAUUUCAAGUAGUUUUUAGAGAAAACAUAUCCAGAGUGUGAAAAAGCUGUGUUGAUGAAUAGAUUACAUUACACAUUUGCCAGCAAGUCAGUAAAAAAAUAGUGCUUAUUUACAUAGUCAACAUAAUUUAAUGUUCUAAAAAUAAUUUAUUUAAUCUGCCCAAUAUUUAAUGUACCACUGGAGAUUCUUAAAAAAAUGCAGCCCCUCCUUUAUGUAAACAUUUAAGAUAUGCCUAUGUUUUUUUUCACUGUACAGCCUUCCUUACAAUAAAUUUCUUGACUUUUGUGCACAAAAUAGGAUUGCAACCUGCUAUUUAGCCUUCGGUGCAUUAGAGUCAUUAUAAAUAUUUAACAAUAUGUACAUAAUGUAAAUACUGCCAAGAAAUCACUAAGGCCAAAUAUUUUCUCUAUUCACUUUUUAUCGCACUUGCUUUCUAUUGCUACUUAAGCCUCUUUUAUCCAGCUUUGUAAUAGUUCUAACAUUGUAGCCAAUGUAAAUGUUGACUUUCAAUAAAUCUGAAUUUGUUCAACAAGUAUGGUAUAUGUGGCUGCGGGCCCUCUGGCAUGCAACAAUUUGUGUUAAAUGGUGUGACAUGGCUUCUAACUCUUCUGCAGUGUAACCAGACCUAGGCUUAAAACCCUGCGCCUGUGACACCUGCCCACCUUCUCUCUGGAAACAGCAUGCCCCUGGCCUGGAAACUUGCCCCUUCCUCCCCUCCAGUGAGCUAGCCCCCAGACCAAAUGCACUCCAGGCCCAAGGUGGGGCCCUGCCUGACCACCACACUCGGUCCAUGACUUGGUCCAGUAGCCCUGCGGUGGGGCUGUUGGGUGAACUCGGUCAUUCGGUUUCCACAGUCUUGUGCCCUGGGGCCAGGGUGCAAAAAAAUGCAGGGACGGUUUUGGGGCCAAAGAGGCCAUAACUGUCAUCUGCUUCAUUGAUGGGGGUGGGCACAGGCAAAUGAGGGUUUAUAACAAGCCUCUGGUGCUAAUUGCAUAAUUACUUUGAAAACAUGGUUAGGCCUUAGAUGUUCCUCAUGAUAAAUCUUGCUUUGGGCGACUAUGUAUUUGAAGAUCUCAACAAAUUCUAAAAAUGUCCUUGAUACUUAUAAAAUACUUUUAAAAGAAAAGAAAAAGAAAACUUGCCAGUAUUCCCCAAAUAGUUGUGAUAGAUUUAAUUGUGUGAAUGCCAUUUUAAUUUCCAAUUCUGUCAAGAAGUCUAGGACUGAAAACAAAAGGUUUUUGUAUGUUUUGGAUGCAUGCUCUAUUUAUAAUGUCUGGGCAUCAUAUCAAAAGGAGAAUGUCAAAUGAACCGUCCUGAAUUUCCUAAGUGUUUCUGACCUGAUUAGUAACUGGGAAUGAUUUUUAAAGCAACACUCUUUAUAUAAUGCAUCUCAUUAACUGAACAAGACUUUAGUCCAUAAAAAAUAUGGUUCUCUAAACACAUUAGUAGUAAAUAUGAGGAACUAAGAUUAUAUCCCCAUAAUAAAAUCAUCUUGUGAUACAUUUAUAGCUUAGAGUCUAGUCUGUAUCUGGACAACAAACAAAAGGAAUAAAGAGUAUUAGAUUUUGUGUUACUUUUAGGGAGCUUUAAUAAUCUCUUUGGGAAAAGAAAAGAAACACUUUGGGGGGAAAACACUUAAUAGCACAAGGCCAGUGAUGCUGAAAGGAAGAGACCAUAAAUGCGAGCGACACUUAGGGAAGGAAAGGAGAGAGAGAUGACAGCAGUUGGAAAAGCCGUGAAGGAUCCACGGUGUUAGCUGUCCAAUAGACUCCCCAGCCUGGGGGUAAAGUGCAGGGCCUUGAAAACAGUGAUGGAAACAAAAUUGGCAUAUGAAAGAGAAUAGGAUUAAAAGGAAAACGGUCUCGGGUGAACCUACAAAAAGUCUUAUAAGUGUAUUCGCAUUCACUGGAAUAAAACAGCACCCACAAAUGACAUUUUGAACCUUUAAAUUAGUACUAAAGAGCAGUGCAUUAUUUUCAUUUACUCAUUCACAGUCUUUUUACAUCAAAGUUACAAUGAGAUGUUUGUGUAUUUUUACUUUGUUGUAGAUAAUACAUAUAGCACUUUUUUGUCUGAUUCUUCAACAAAAUUUUUGAUGACAUCCUUUUGAUCUCAUUCCCUCUGUCGCCUUAUUGUCUACGUCCUCAUAGAAGCUUCCCAAAGGGUAGUUCAAAGUCUAAAGUUAAUUUACCUUUUCCAGUGCCCACCUCCACCCUUUUAGUGACUACUGUCUACUCUGAUGCAAGCAUCUAUAUUUUUAAAGAUUUGCUUUAUUGGAAGGCCCAUAUUGAAAAUCAUUGAGAAUUUGUUGAGGAUUUAUUUGGCCUUUCUUUCUCUUCCUAACUUUCAGGUCCCUCUGAUUAUUUCAAUAUAGUUAGAUUGCAGGGACUUGACAGUGACUUGUAACUUAUAUGUGUGAAGACAUAUAUUUUUAAACAUAUCAAAUAUAUACAGUUUAAAAAAAUCAUAUUCUUGAAUUUCAGAUAAAAGGAAUUUGUUUUAUUUGGUGAUGUUGUUAGGUGUUGUCGAGUUGAACUUCAACUCAUAGCAACCCAGUGUGACGGGGUAGAACGGCUGCAUAGGGUUUCUUAGGGAGCAGAUCGCCAGGUCUUUUCACCCACCGAGGGGCUGGUGGGUUCGAACUGCCAACCUUUUGCUUAGCAGCCAGGCACUUCACCAUUGUGCCAUCAGAGCUCCUUUUAUAAUUUGGAAAGCACUUUCACAUAGAUUGUCUCAUUUUCUCUACAAAAUAAUGCUAUGAAAUGUGUUAGCAGAUAUCCUUGUUCAGGUGUAAAUGAGAAGUUAAAUAGCUUGCCAGAAGGGUCACUACCCACCCACUCCUAGGGUCAGGGUUUCUGAGUCUCAUCUCUGCUCUUUCUAAGAAAUCAUGUUCUGAUGAGAUCCCAAGCUGGCAAAACAGAUGAACAGAGAUAAGAAUGACAGAAAAAGUCAAUGAAGAAAUAGAUCUGAUUGUCCUGAAAAGCUCUAUCUGGGAGAUGUGAAUACCAUUGCAUGGGCUGGCUGUGAUUUUAUUGUAGAGAACCUGGGCAGAAGGAAAGAAGUCUGCACUUGAUAUAAUUGGCAGUGGAAAAAUCGUCGUCAGCCCUUGAGUGAGUGACAUCAUGAAAGGGAUUUUGGAAGUUUGCUGGCAGCUGUAAUCAGAAAAGAUUUCUGAGGAGAUGCAGAAAGCUAGAAUUGUUAGGAAACUACUGUAAUUCGGACAGGAAUGAAGGCCUGGAGAGAAGGAACUGGACAUAAGAAAAAAAGGAGCUAUAUCAGGCAGUGAGAGAAGAUCUGGGAAAAAGGAGUAAAUUAGGAAUCAAGAGACUCAAUUUAUAUGUUAAAAAAGAGAAAAGAUACUAUAAAUUGAGCCUAAUUUUCCCUUGAGUUUCCAAAGGUAUAACUUUCAGUAUUCAGGAAAGAGAGGACGGACUGACUGAAGGCAAUGGCCUAGUGAUGUUCCUGUCCAUGCCAAGAAGCCUUUAAGCAGACAUUCAGCCAUAUAGGGAGGAAGCAUAGGGAAGGGGUAUUCUGAGAUAUCAUGGGAACAUAUUUACCCCAGCAUUUCAGGAACAAACCUCUCUUCCACCUGUAAAACCAGGUUUGCGAAAUAAUGAGCUGUGUUAGGGAAGGGUGCAAUAGUUGACUAAUUUUCAUGUCUGGUUUAACAUGACUUAACCAUUUCCUGGAUCCUUCAAAUUUCAAAUUUGUGUGUGUGAGAGAAAGACAGAUGUACUGUAGCCUGGGGAACACGUAGACUCACUGUCCAAGAUGGUGACACCUUAUACUCUACUUGGAUGACACAUCCAAUCCACCAUGCACAACUCCAACUCUUACCUUUAGUCUAACAACUGAAUCUGCAGCUCUUGCUCCUAUCUCUCCCUGAGCUUCAAAUUCAUAUGAUCAAAUAAUUCCAACAAACAUCUCUUCCAGGAUGUUCCAAGGAUACCCCAAAUAGACUCUAACCAGUAUCCCAACCCAGCCCUUCCCCAACAAUCCCUGUCAUCCUACUCCUCCCCUUUCAAUCUUAUUGAUGAACCAAGGAAAGGCAAAAUCAUUCACCUGUUUAUCCAUGCCAGGAGGCUUGAAGUCAUUCUCUAUCCCUCUACCCUUUACUGAAUCCCCAUCAUCCAAUCAAUAGUCAAGCCCUAUUAAUUCUGCUUGUUGAGUAUCUUGUGUCUACUCGAUUAUCCUGAUCUCCCCUGUGACUUCUUUAUACAGGUUUUGUCUUUUUUCAUCACCGCCAUGCUCACACUCGGCAUUGUAACCAAACUGAAUCGUUGCAGAUCCUAGGUCAGCCCCUUGUUUCUCUCCUCACAUGCUUUUUCUCUCAGCCUGAGGUAGCCCUACUUCCCUUUCUCAACGUCACCUUCCCUUGGCUUUCAAGUCUGUCUUCACGUCUUUCAAAGUAUUCCAUUAUACUUCCAUCCUGGAAGAGAUGGUCCUAAAUCUCAGAGUUCUCUGACCAUAAUUCAGCCAUCUCACUUAGCACAGUUUGAAACGGUUUAUUGAUUUGUCUGCCUCUUUUCCUCCUGCCCACCCCUCCUCCAUCCCACCAGACACAGAUUAUUUCCUCAUUAAAAAAAAAAAAAAAUUGCUGUCAAGUCGAUUCCAACUCAUAGUGACCCUA